AUGGGGGGAGGUGAAGGUUCCACUGCUAGAGAAAUACUCAGACAUUGGACUGUGGAAAAACUUAUAAUGUGUGACAUUGAUGAGGAAGUGGUGGAUUUUUGCAAGUCACACUUGGUGGCCAAUAAAGAUGCCUUUUAUGAUCCAAGAUUGGAGCUUGUCAUUAAUGAUGCAAGGGCUGAGCUUGAAAGGAGAGAGGAGGUUUAUGAUGUGAUAAUAGGAGACUUGGCAGAUCCAAUUGAAGGAGGCCCAUGCUACAAACUUUAUACCAAAUCCUUUUAUGAAUCUGUUGUGAAGCCCAGGCUUAAUGAGGCUGGUAUUUUUGUCACACAGGCAGGGCCAGCUGGAAUUUUUAGCCACACAGAAGUAAAUAGAAGGUCUGAGAUGAAUUUUCUCCAACCAUGCAGUUUCCGCUGA